GCCCUAGAGCCAGUGAAGAUCUAGUCACAAAGCCCCCCAGCAAGAAACUUCCUGACCCGAAUGGCUUCAGCUACCACCCGUUUAAGGAACAAACGAUUCUGGUCUUUCUAUCAUCUGGAAUGAUUUGUCUAAAAGAGGGAGCGUGUCUCUAUUAAUUCUUAUGAAACCCGCGUAACCUGUGUUCCAAAACCUGUGCACUUCUCUCAGCUCAGGCUCCUCCUUUGAAAGGACAAAAAAACAGACUCCAGGAAGUGGCAACUACUUUCUCAGACUGUUUCCAGGGUUAAGUGAAUUUCCGUUAGAGAAAGUGCUGACUUAGCACUGCGCUCAGACUGGAGAACUCUUGGCAAAUGUUAACAUUAUUAUCAGCAGUUAAUAACAUCAUCUUUUUAUGCCUGGCAUAUAAAAAGGAAGAGGAAUCCUGAAGGAUGACUGUACAUUUUGAUCUUGUGGAGGAUCCCUAGUUUAUCAAGAAAUGCGUGAGAUUCUUAGGGGGUAAACAUUUCAGUAUUAUGGGGGCUCUCCUCUGAAAUGGCUGAUGUAGGCCCCCAGAUCCCCCGGGGAGCCUUGAGUAUCCCUCAGAAGCCAGAACCCUCUCAGGACAUCUCUGUGUACACCUGAGUGCAUCCUCACGUUCUCAUGUAUGCCGCUCCCAGCCCUUGUGGGAGCUUUGCAGAGAUCAGGGUCUUAGCUAAGCAGACACGACGGUGACAUUUCAGGGGCAAGUAACCUUCGAUGAUGUGGCUGUGGACUUCACCCAGGAGGAGUAGGGGCUGCUGGGCCCUGGCCAGAAGACCCUGUACCACGACGUGAUGCUGGAGACCUUUAGGCACCUGGUCACUGUGGUGUCUUGGAUCUCCAAACCAGCUAUCGUGGCCCAGCUAGAACUCAGAGUAGAGCCAUGGAUAAUGGACAGAGGACUCUCCCAAGAUUCCUGCCCAGCAUGGAAGAACAGACCUAAAAGCCAAGAGUCACCAUCAACAGAGGCCAUUUCUGGUGACGGAUUACCCAGCAGCAUGAACCUGGAAAGAUACACAAUGGGUGAUUCCUGGCGUUCUACCGUAGCAGAUGACUGGAAAUCUGAGAAUGAAUCAGAAAAGCAGAAGAUGUACAGUGUUAGUGUGGGGCCAGUGGAAUAUGAACAAGGGCAACUAGUGACCCCGGAUGGGGAUUGGGAAAAUGCUGAAGUUGUGGGGAAAUGCAGCUUCAAUUCCAACUUUGUUUCUUCACAGAGAUUUCUUAUCAAAGAACAUUUUCAUCAAACUGACUCAGGAGUUCACAGUUUACAGUAUAAUUUUGUUUUACAGAAUCAUCAGGAAAUCUUGGUAGAAAAGAAACCUUGUAAAGGCAAUCCAUGUGGAAAAGUCCUGGAAAAAUUGUGUAAGUUGAAUGAGCACGGUAAAUAUACCAACCAGAGCAUAUACUUUUCUACACAUGAGAUAAUUAAUACUGGAGAAAAAUGUUACGGAUAUAAGGAAAGUGGGGAUUUCUUUACCCAUAGGUCACACCUCUCUCAGUUCAUGAGAACUCAUAGUAAGGAGAAAUCCUAUGAAUGUAAUGAAUGUUGGAAAGCCUUUAAGAAGCUUUCAUCUCUUUCUCAUCAUCUAAGAAAUCUCAGUAGAGAAAAAGCCUAUGAAUGUAAUGAAUGUGGGAAAUCUUUCUGGCAGAGUGUUCACCUCAUUUUGCACCAGAGAAUUCACACUGGUGAGAAACCUUAUAAAUGUAAUAAAUGUGGAAAAUCUUCUAGCCAAAAUUCUCACCUUAAUGUACAUCAGAGAACUCAUACUAGAGAGAAUCCCUAUAAAUGUGAUGAAUGUAGAAAAUCCUUCAGUGGACAGUGUAAUCUUAAUGUGCACAAGAGAACACAUACUGGAGAGAAACCCUACAAAUGUAAUGAAUGUGGGAAAACUUACAGUUUUCAUUUAUCCUUCACUCAACAUAAGAGAACACACACUGGAGAGAAACCGUAUGAAUGUCAUCAGUGUGGGAAAGCUUUCAAUCAAGGUUCUAACUUUAUUGGGCACCAAAGAACUCAUACCAGGGGGAGGAAAUUACACAUUGCACUUUAAUUCACAAAAGCUAUACAAGUAUAUGUAGAUUUUGUCUUUUUUAACCAUUUCCAGAGAAGGGCUGAGACUGGGUGGUAUUUGAUACCUGGGUAAAUUGCCAAUGAAAAAUAAUUAGUAAAAUCAAAACUCCCUUCAAUAAUACUAGUUAAUACAAUCAACCAGUGUGGGAAAGGCCGUUGCUGAGAAGUCAGAAUAGGUUGAUGAUAUUUGACUCAAAGACUGAAUGUACUAUUUCAAAGAGCCAGAGUGCUAUUAUUUACUUCUUUGUUCUCCAAUGCUAGAAAGUUAGGGUACUUCUAAUUUGUUUCAGGAAGUCACCAUAAACUGUUAUUAUGAACACUGUGUAGAAAUAUGGAAAGCACCUGUAAUGUGUACUGAGAAGUGCAGAAUUGUUGUGGCUGUGUUGUCCUAUGUGUGCAUCUGGACAAGGGCUUAGAAGAAAACAGAAAUGAACAUAGCUAAUUUAAUAAGAGUCUGGGAAUACUGUGCCUUUUUAUGUUUCUCUAAAAAUUGGUACAGUUUUACAACAAAUAAAAAUACAAGGAGGAGAAAGAAGCUCAAAUGUCAGUCUGAAUCAUUAGAAAUGGGUGCACUAAAGUAGCAAAAACAAGAAGAAAUGGAAAUAAAUUUAGUGCUAAACACAAGAAAUUAGAAAAAAAUUAUUUCUAAUCAAGGCAGAAACAAGGAUGUAAUAGUGAUAAAAGGAGAAAAUACAUGGUAAAAGAUGAUUCUGAGAAAAACAAACUAUAAAUUCCAAACUAACACGGUCAAGAAAAAUAACACACAGAUUUGCACCAUUGGGAAUGAAAAGGGAAAUAAACAGAGAGAAAAUUAUAUCAUAAGAUUUGUACAUUUUUGUGUUAACACACCUGAUAAACUUAGAUGAAAAAGACAGUUUUCUAGGAAAACAUAAUAUUGACUGAAGAAGACACAGAAAACCUAAUACACUAAACAUUUCAGAAUAAAUUGAAAAAGUUCUCAGGGAAUUACUCCACAAAAUUUCAAGCCCAAGCUAUUUUACCACUGAAUUAUUUUCACCUUCAAGAAAUAGAAAACUCUUUGAUAUACAACUAUUCCAGAACAUAUAGAAAGUUGAAUGCUACCUCUUUUGUGAUACCAGUCUGUCAAAGCUCAAAGAAAGAAAAAGGCCAAUAUCUCUCAGGAAUAUUAAUGCAAAAGUUCCAGAUCAGACAUUACAGUGAGUAUACCUGGAUUUAAGAACAAUCACUGCAGUAAACGGGUACUUUGCAUUAGGAAAUAUACAACUACCAUGCUCCAUUUUAAUCAAGCAGUGGAGAAAAACAAGUCAUCUCAAUGAUUCAUGAAAAAAGCUGAUAAAAUUUAAUAUUUAUUAUUUCAGGGGAAAAAAACCCUGGUAACAGAAAAUGUAUUUUUAUAAUACGAUGAUAUCAGGCUUAAUGGUGGCACUAGAGCUGAGGUUGGCAAACUAGGGCCCACAGGCCAAAUCUGGCCCAUGUGUUUUUGUAAGUAAAGUUUUGUUGGAACAUAGCAUGUACCCACUCAUUUCCAUGUUGUCGGUAGCUGCUUAUGAGGUAGAGUAGCUGUGAAAGAGGUCGCAUGGCCUGAAAAGCCAAAAUGCCAGAAAAGCUUUGCCAAUCCCUGACCUAGAGCCGUUCCUGUUCCAUUCAGGAAGGACCAAGGCAAGGUUGCUCACCAGUCCUUAUGUAUGAGCAGGCAGUUCACAAAAGGAGCACAUAUGGACAAUAAAUACAUGGAAAAGUGUAUGAGCUCAUCAAUAAUCAAAGAGAUAUAAAUAAAAAUGAUAAAAGUAUAUACUUGGGCACCUGUUAUGAGGUAGGCAGUAUUCCAAGCUUUCAGUCUAAGUAACCUCAUUUAAUACAAAAAUCCUAGUAAGGAAGUUCUGUUUAGACUGCAGAAAAUUCAGUCCCAGGAGACUAACUGACAGGUAAAGACUGGCAAGGAUUUUAAAAGACUGUGUUGGAUGUAGGCAAAACUAGUAGGGAAAUGGACCCUAUUAUUCAGCACCCAUGGAUGGUUAUAUGGGUGCACCCUCUUUAUAGGGUGGUCAGGUUAGUAGUGUCCAUAUGUAAAGUAUGCUCAUGAGUUGAUUCAGCAGUCUCACCCGUGGAAAUAACUGCCCAGUUAUGAACGCACACGGGCAUAGGACCUUUGUUAUAGCACGGUUUGUAACAGCAAACUAAGAAAUGCUCACCAAUAGGAGAAUGUUUAAGUAACUAUGGUGCAGAAAUUAAAUGGCAUAUUGUUGGGAGACAAAAUUAGGUUCAUAACAACCUGGAUGAUCCCAACUCUGUGAAACCAUAAAUCUCAGGGGAACUCUGUGGAAGAAUGUCACCCACAUGUUGACAUUCAUUAUCUAUGGGUGAUGGGACUUUUAAGCAAUGUUUGCUCUACCUUUUCCUAAGCGAUUUUGUUUACAGUGAAUGUGUACCAUUUGAUACACAUGCAGCUUACUUAUUCAGCACAGUUCCCAGAAUAAGUAACUUCUCAGCCUGUGUCUGGUUUCUGCCUGCCUCUGAAUGCUCCCACCAUAGCACUGUCCCAGGUGUUCACCCUGCUUGGCUUGCACUGGCCCUGUUCUGGUUCCUGGAAUCUUGUCAAGGUGCCUGCAAACGUUUUUCCCUCCAUCUGGAACCACAGUCCACCCAGCAUAACCUUUGGGAAGCUGAGACCCAUCCUUCUGGUCUGGGCUUAAACAUCACUUUAGAAAGGACAUUCAUGACCAACCAAACCUAGCUGAUCCUUCAUCACACCAUUUAUCAGAGUUUGCAAAGAUUUGUUUACCUGUUUCUUCUUCAAACAGCAGGUAGAAUUCCUGCUGAAACGUAACUCCUGUCAUGCCAGCCUCUGUGGAGAAAGUUCCUGUGUCUUCCCAUUUUAUCCAGAAUUUAAGAUUCAGAUCCUUAACAGCUUACUGGGGCCCUCACCUGUGAUUCUCCCCCUGACUACAUUUUAAUCACAGGGGUAGCUUUAAAGAAAAUGACAACAUCGAACUUGUUUCCAAUGAACACGUAGGAGUGCAUGAACAACCAUAGCUCCCAAUGUAACAAUGAGUAAAACAAAGUUUAAAAAUUAUACUCUCCUGUGGUACACUACCAAAGAGGGGUUGGGAGCAAGGAAGCCCUGAUGCAUUUCAAGGAGGUGACCCCUUCACAGGUGAGCACGCUGGGGACAAGCAACUGGUCUGGGUGCAGGUAGCCUCAAAAUUGGCUAGAGCAACUCUGAACAAGGAAGGAGAGAGCAGCAGAGCCUUGGACAACAGUGAGCGGGUGGAACAGAGCCCCAAACUUGGGGCAGGAAGAACUCCAAGUACAAAAGUAAUUUUCUCAUCCUGAGAAUCCCCUUGGCCUAGAAUUUUGCUGUGUAUCCAGAACAGUGAAGUGCUCAUAUCUUAGAUGCACCAUUCAAUC